AUGUCAAACUCCAUAUGUUAUCUUGAAGCGGGAGAGAAGCAGUUUGUCGGACCGGAAAUUGUUCUAGAGACGAUGGACAAAGUGAAAGGCAUUCGGGAACAUCUGAAAGCAGCUCAAGACUGUCAAAAAAUUUACGCUGACAAGAAGAGACAACCGGCUGAAUUCCAGGUGGGAGAAUGGGUCAUGUUGAAGGUGCCCCAUGGAAGGUGCUUAGCGAAAGAGAAGAGUGUCAUUCCUCUAUCUGAAUUUCAUAUGGAUGGGAACAAUCGAUGCAUGGAAGAACCCUACGCUAUUUUGGAGAGGAAUUCCAAGAAGCUUCAUCAUAAAGAGGUGAUUAUGGUCAAGGUUAAUAGAAACACCAUCAAGGUGCGACCAUUACUUGGGGAAGCCGAAGAUGAUAUGAGAAAGCGAUACCCUCAUUAG